AUGCCAGGCGGCAAGGAUAGUUCCUCUGACAGUGAUGUUGAUUCAGUCGAGAACUUCGAUGGUUCGCCAAAGCAAUUACGGCCCUUGCCAAAGGUUGUAGUCCAGCGAUCAUCGAGCGAGAGCAGCGACAGCAGCGCAGAGGUUCAGCGAGCCAUUGCUAAGGAUGAGUCUGAGUCUGAGACUUCCAGCGACAGCAUCUCUCAGGCAAACAGCCGAGCUCGAACCGCUCAAUCUCCUCCAGCCUCCAAGGCAUCCAGCCCGGCACGAACUGCGCGUUCCCCGUCUUCGCCUUUGUUGGAGGCAGCGAAACCCGACGUUGGUCCUGCCUCAGAGCGCCCAACACUAGUGCCAGCGGAGGCCGUGGACUCGGAUGUCGCACGGCCACAAGCUGAGGCACCAGAGACAAGGCAGCUCAAGAUGGGCACUGGGCUGUGCACGAUAGCUCGGCAUGCGUUUGCCUCCGUGAGGCAGCUGCAGCUGCCAGACCAGGAUGCGCACGCUGCAUGGCCGAUGUUGUCCACAUUAUUUCCCAUGCAGGAUUUAGUGCAGAAGGAGCCCCAGCAGGAGCUGCCAGAGGUGACAGCAGAAGAUUCCGAGAGGAGCUGCAAGUGGGUGAUUCUGGUCAAGCUUUGCAAAGCUGUACUGACAAACACAGGCUCCAAAGGGCCUGGAAACAGCUCUCUGGAAUUCAUUGCCCAAACCUCAGAUAGACGUUGGAUGAACGUGGAAGGUAUCAGCGAAGAGGGCCCCCUUGGGUCAGCGUACAGCUUGUCGCUUACCAUUGUCAUCCUGGUGAACGUUGCUUCCUUCAUGCUGUCCACAGAGCCCAGCAUGACUCAGCAUCAGCCAGUGCCCGUGACUUACACGCUAAUUGUGGCCAUCCGUUUACUGCAAACCACCGGCUUCUAUCCGCCGGCGUUUGACAGGAUUGAGACCAUAACGGUGUGCAUUUUCACCGUGGAAUACGUUAUACGCUUCAGCACUCAAGCUGGAUCAUGUCUAGCUCGCAUCAGGUGGGUGUUCACGAACUUCUUUUCCAUUGUUGACCUUGUUUCCAUCAUGCCCUUCUAUGUCGAUCUGCUAAUUCCGGGAGAGCAGAAGUAUUUGGCCACCCAGUGGGUCCGAGUGGCACGGCUGCUACGCCUCCUUCCGCCGCUGCCAUAUGAUGUCAUUUGGCAGAAGAGCUACAAGCUCUUGAUGGCUAGUGGCUUCGCGGGUUGCACAGUCUGGGUGAUUUGCGCGGCUUUGUAUUACUGGUUCGAGAAAGACAAUGCUGACAUGUUGUACUGUCCAGAUGAUCUCGACAAGGAGAAGGGGCUUUGCUGGAAUCGAUUCCAUUCCAUUCCAGCGGCAAUGUAUUAUUCGCUACUGAACUUCUUCGGCGAAUUUCCUCUUGCGGACAAGCAUUCGCUUGGGGGACGAUUUGUGGGUGGUUUCAUUCAGGUUAUGGGAGCAGCAGUGAUGGCAAUUCCAGCUGGAGCUCUUGGAAACGCUUUCUCGGAAGUUGUAGAGAAAGAGCUUUCAGCGAAAAAGCAGGACGCCAUUGGAGUUGAUUUGUGCAGUCUCGUGGUGACACCCGUAGUUGGAAGGAAAUGUCUGCAACCGAAAAUGAUGAUGCCUCUUCAGCUCAGAGCGGCAAGGACCCUUACAUGUGAGCAGGUUUUGCACAACAGCAAAUGGAUCCAGCUUGCCGCAGCCUUGACAGGCUGCAAUUGUGCGAUGCUUGGACGGCGAGCGAGAGGCAUAAAUCCAGCAGCCCCAACGGCCAGGUCUUUCACAGAUCCGGCACAGGUCGUCAUGCAUCGCAUAGCCGACGUGACUGUGGACAUGGCUGACAUCUGGUUCUCGCUGUUAGCAAGAUCCUUGCCUUCGCUUUCGUGCCAGUCUCAGCUUUUGGCUCUUGCAGCUUCCGUUUUCGUGAGGCAUUCUUGGUUGCGGCAUCCUCCGCUCACUUCAUACUAG